UUACUCGUAUUUAUUUUUUUAAAAAUUAAUUAUUUAACACAAUUAAUCUAAAAAUCAAUACAUAAUUAUUUAUUUUGUUUCAUAAACGUUUUGUAAAGAAUAUUUUUGUGGGGUUUUCCUUGUGCACAUUUCUUUGCUUAACUGUGAUUCUAAUGAUGCUGACCGCCCGCUGGAUAUUCGCGAUGCGCUGCUGAACAAUGGAUCUGGCAGAUCAAAUCGAUGACUAUAUUUGCUCAUUCGAGGGACUUGGUGACUUAACAAUGGAUUCCCUAGCCAUAUUCAUAUUCUUGUGGGCCGUGCUGGCCCUAUUCUCCGUUUGGCUGUGCAAGCUGCUUUACCACAAGUAUCUCAACAAGGGCGCUUCCGCCAGCGCCAGCAACAGUCGUCAGGGCAGUGUGGCACCCGGUGGUGCCUUGGGGGCCAGCGGUGCUAAGCAGGAAAAACGGCUGUCUGAGCCACGCGAUCUGCUGGCCACCAAAAGCAAAGUAGAGGAUUUGUCCAAGCCACUUACGGGUGGUGGCUCAGCGGGGCGUGGACGUUCCACCGCCUCGCCCAUGGGCGGCAGCGGCGCUGCUGCCGGUCCGCGACGUCGUGUGGUGCGUCAGAGCUCAACGGGACCAGAGAAUCGCAAGAAACGCUACGUGCCGCCGCCUUCGAAUGUGGUCGGACCAGAAACGAGCUCCGUUACGUGGACGAGCCAAGUGUUCCGCUGGCUGUACAGCGAUCUAGUUAUAGUCAACGAGCUGCUCAUGUCCUGGGUGAUAGCCAUCAACGAUACGCUGCGCAAGUCCGUCGAGGAGCAUGGCGUGGCCGUUGAAGUGGUCCGUGUGCUGCCCGACAGUCCGGCACCGGGCCUGAACAAUAUCUUCUGCAACUGCGAGGAGCACAAUCCGGCUGAAAUGCUGAUCACCUUCGACUGCGAUGCGAUGCCUGUGCUGCAGGUGAAGACCUUCCGGCAGAAGGCGGGCAAGGUGGAGACCUCGCAUUAUAAGGUUACCGUGUCGCGAUUCCGUGCACGCAUGUCCAUACCCAUCAACUAUAAUACGCUUAAGGGUGAGAUGCGUGUCGACGGCUAUCCGGACGUACGCAUUGCGAUGAACAGCGUGGGCGCCAUCAAGGCCUUGGAUCAGGAUGAGCAGCAGCUGCAGACUGUCAUCGGCGACAUACUGACGACGGCGCUGCGUGAGACCGUCUAUCCGGUGGACUUCUCCAUCUACUCGACCUGCCCGCGCGCCGAGGUGGAGCCCAUGGAGCUGCCUCACAACAUGGAGCACCUGGGAGCGGGUAUCCUGCGCGACUCCCAGCACAUGGUGUCCGGCCGGCGUUUGCUUGUGAAGAUCGUCAAGGGCGAGGGCCUGCGAGACGCUCACGAGCCGUAUGUGGUCAUUGAGAUGGAUGAGCCGGCGCAGAAAAACCAAACGGGCACGCAGCGCGGCAGCAAGCCUUACUGGGAUGAGCACUUCCUCUUCGAACUCUCCCCACAAUCUGCUGAAAUACUCUUCGAGGUCUACGACCAUCCAGUGAUUGCAUCGGAUCCGCCCAAGUUCCUUGGCCUCGGCCUAGUUGGCAUCGACGAGCUGGCUGUGGGGCCCGCCUCCACGCAACUGCUGCAGUUGCAGCCGCGACCUUACGAAACGCAGCCUGUGUCAGGCGCCAUAACCGUGGACUUUGUGUUCAUCGAGGGCGCCGAGAUUCCGGCCAGCUCGCGUCCGAAUCGCCUGAAGGAGGCCCUGCGCCUCAGCACGCCCGCCAUUAACGAGCACAUACGCAAUGGUGCCGACCUGGCCGAUGCCGCGGUCCGAGCCCUGCAGGACGGCACUCUCUCGGGCACUAGCGGCGGGCAGCCCAGCAAGAGCACCCUGAUCAUCCACAGCGUGCAGCGGAACUCGAGCAAUCCAAAUGCAUUUAAGGUCGAGCUGAACAAAGAUGGUCAGAUUGAGGUCGUCGAAUCUCCCACUGAGCUCGACCAGGUUGUUGCCCAGGCCUUCGAGCGUGCCGCCACCGAGGCGGCCAACAUGGCCAGCGCCGCCUCGGCCGACUUGGUAGAUGGCCCGGCCAGCGAAUCCGCAAACACGACAGGUAACAAUAACUACAUCGAGGAAAGCACAGCCGAGUUUGGUCAGCCAAAUGCCGCCUCCUCGCCGAACAACAGCGGCUACACACAGCACAACAACUACAGCUUAAAUGGAAACAGCAAUCUCGCCGGGCACGCCAAUGGCAGCGGCAGCGGCGGCGCCUUGGCCCACAACUCGAACAGCUUGCCCAGAAAUGGCGGCAGCUCGGCGUACUCGGGCCUGCAACAGCCGUCGGGCGUAGAUUUAGACGGCCGUGGUCGCAGCAAAAAACGUAAUUUCUUUGGCACCCUCAAGAAGCGGCUCAGCCGCUCCAAAACACGCACCCUCUCGGCCGACCAGCCCAAUAACAACCAUAAUUCACAAUCAGCCACCAAUUCCGCCAAUACAACAACAGCCACUGGACUCACAAGAACAGCCACAGGAGCCCUUAAUGGUGAAUCUUCCCGUUCAUUAUCUGUCGAUCGUGCCACUCUGUCUAAAAGCAAUUCACUUGGACCCCGCAUGGGAAUUGGCUCAUCCAUCACCGACCACUCACGACGCUCUUCAAUUUCAGAAUCCUCAGCCAUCUCCGGCUUCUCCUCGGCCAGCAACAAAACCUAUGUCCAUGAGGCAUCCACAUUGGUCUUAGAAACGGUUGAGAAUGGCGUUAAGCGCCACUUUAUCGUGCCGCUGGCCAUUGCCCAAAGGCCCCGCUGGCGACGCAAGGGAACCAAGCUGCACAUCUACAAUGACCACACGUUCAUUGCCAAGCAUUUGAGCGGCAGUGGCCUGCAGUGCUCGAUCUGCAUGAAGUCGAUACCCCGGCGGCCAGGCAAGCAGGGCUACGAGUGCCGCGACUGCCAGCUGAUCUGUCACAAGCAAUGCCACAUACGGGCCCCACAGGCGUGCCCCAAUCCCACUGUUCUCUCCAUGGAACUGGCCUCAUAUCCGGAUGCCUAGUGAUCAGUAAAUAUAAGAGCACAAUAUAUAUAUAUUUGAUGUUUUUCAAAAAGUUUAAGGUAACAACAAGAGUUUAUGUGCAAGAGUUAAAUCCAAAAUAUGCAAUAUUUCGUCAUUUUGACGCCAAGAGCAAAAUAUUGUAGACUAAAAAAAUAUUCAGAGAGCAGAGAGUUUUAGGAUCACGUCCGGUUCCGGUUCCGGUUCCGCUCAACUCAACAGUUCAGUUUUUUUUCCUGAACUUCCGUUUUCUAACGUAGGACAAUGGAACGAAACUAAACUCAGCUGCUGCGGAUCGAAGCAUUAGGAAAUUGUAAAAAUCUACAAUCUAA